UCUCUGGUAUCACGAAGGCCCCCCGCCCAGGCGUCAAACCUCUGCGCCGCUGCAUCAACAAAGGGUUGCCUUUUCGCACGGACAGCUAUCAGAAGGAAACAGCAAGGUUGCAAGUGUCAGUGCAUCAGACGGCUUCAGAGAGGAUUCAUCAUGGCCAGUCAGUCAAUGGAGAUUAUGGCCAAGGCCCUAGAGCAUCAGGUUCUGCAGUCUGCACGCAUGGUCGAGGAGCAGGUGGACGCAGAACUAAACAAGCUGGAACGAAUGGAUGACGAUGACCUGGAGAAACUGAAGGAGAGGAGGCUAGAGGCCUUGAAGAAAGCCCAGAAACAGAAGCAGGAGUGGAUUUCUAAAGGACAUGGGGAGUACAGGGAGAUUCCCAGUGAGAAAGACUUCUUUGCAGAGGUCAAGGAUAGCAAGAACACAGUAUGCCAUUUCUACAAAGAUUCCACAUUCAGAUGUAAGAUCUUAGACAAACAUCUGUCCAUCCUGGCCAAGAAGCACCUGGAGACCAAGUUCCUGAAGCUGAACGUGGAGAAGGCUCCCUUCCUGACAGAGAGGCUGCGGAUCAAGGUGAUCCCCACCCUGGCCCUGGUGAAGGACGGGAAGACUAAGGACUAUGUGGUGGGCUUCACGGAUCUGGGGAACACGGAUGAGUUCCCCACAGAGAUGCUGGAGUGGAGAUUGGGCUGCUCAGACAUCAUCAACUACAGUGGUAACCUCAUGGAACCUCCCACACUGACACAGAAGUCAGGGACAAAGUUCACCAAGGUAGAGAAGAAGACCAUUCGAGGGAGAGGCUACGACUCAGACUCUGACUCAGACUAGGAAGAUGGCACCGUCCCUCUCUCCUCCCUCUCUCUACGGGCUACUCCAUCACCCACUGACUUGUCAGAAUCCUGCAGACAGCCUGGCUCUUGUGUUGGGCUUAGACCGACCAACUCUUUGUCCAUCUGUUGUUUUUUUUUUAUGUAGUCUGUCAUCCCUUUUCUUUCAUAGUUAAAGUUCUAUAACAAUGUUCUUGUGUGUGUAUUCAUUAUUGAUCCCAUACAUUGAACAUGUACAUUAAAACGUAAACCAUUUUGGUUAUAAAUUAUUUUUGAACCCAUAUAAUUUGAUGUUUUAUCAUGUCAGUUUCCUAAAGCUUGCAUCACUUCCUGGGAGCGCAAUAACCCUCAUAUCCCUGAUGAGUGUCAUUGAUGGAAUUUGGUCAUCUUAAUUUCAAAAUGAUGCAACUCCCUGAAGAACCUUACAUGAUGUUUUGUGUAUUAGACUUGGCCUCAUCUGUUGCCUUUGUUGACUGGAUGCACAGGAAGAGGCCUGGUCAUCCAGCUGUUCAUGAACAACCAAGUGCCAAGGAAGUUAGCCGCAGUCCCGAUAUGCCCUCGUUCCCUCCAUUCUGUGUUGCUAGUAGCACAGGUUGAGUUUUUCCUACAAAUGUGUUCUUUAUCUUAAUAAAGAAAACUGGUUAUCACUCUGA